AUGGCGUCUCUUCUCUCUACUGCCACUCAAGCCGCACAUUCAGCCGCAGUCUCGCUCAUGACCGCGGCAGAGGAGGAGGAAGCAGCGAAAACGUUUACUCUUGAGGGAAUAAAGGGAAGAAACGUAUUUGUCGGUGUGCCCGGAGCGUUCACUGGGACGUGCAGUGCACAGAUCCCCGGAUACAUCAAGGCCUAUGACCAGUUCAAGCAGAAGGGCAUUGACAAUGUCUAUGUUGUUGCUGUGAACGACGUCUUCACACUGAAGGCAUGGAAGGAGCAACUCGCCCCCGGUGGAACGCCCAUUCACUUCGUCGCGGAUGAUAAGGGCGCGUUCGUUGGCUCCCUCGGCAUGCUCUUCGAUGCGUCGGAACUACUCGGUGCGCCGCGAUCGAAGCGUUUCGUGCUUGUGACUGAGGGGGAUACUGUCACUCACGUCGCCGUGGAGCCCGUCACGUCCCAGUUGACCAUCUGCGCAGCGGACAAGAUACUGCCUCUGCUCUAG